AUGGAUUUCAUCUCGGGCGGCAACGAGAGCAACGCCAGCGGUGCGAGAGCGGGCUGGGACGGAAACAGCACUGGCACAGACGCUGGGUCGGUGCCAGAUGUGAAGCUGAGUUACCAGAUUAUCACGUCUUUACUCCUGGCCGUACUCAUCCUCUGCUCCAUAUUUGGCAACGCGUGCGUAAUAGCGGCCAUCGCGCUGGAAAGGUCGCUCCAGAAUGUCGCCAACUACUUGAUCGGGUCGCUCGCAGUGACAGACCUCAUGGUGUCGGUGUUGGUGUUGCCCAUGGCCGCGCUCUACCAAGUUCUGAACAAGUGGACGCUGGGUCAGGAGAUCUGUGACUUGUUUAUCUCUUUGGAUGUACUCUGCUGCACUUCGUCUAUCCUCCAUCUGUGCGCAAUAGCCCUGGACAGAUACUGGGCCAUCACUGACCCCAUAGACUACGUGAAUAAGCGCACGCCGAGACGAGCUGCGCUUCUAAUCAGUGUCACCUGGCUCGUGGGCUUUUCGGUCUCCAUCCCCCCCAUGUUGGGAUGGAGGAGCGCGGAGGACAGAGCCGACCCAGACGCAUGCAGCAUCAGCCAAGACCCAGGUUACACCAUUUACUCCACGUUUGGCGCGUUUUACAUCCCGCUUAUUCUCAUGCUGGUCCUGUACGGGCGGAUAUUCAAAGCGGCCCGUUUCAGGAUCCGAAAGACUGUAAAGAAAGCUCCGAAAGUUACAGAAAAGUGCUCGUUCCCGUCGCCCGCUGUUUUCCACAAGAAAACCAACGGCAACUGGAGGCGAGAGGACGACUCCAAAAGCAGCUCUCCGUGCGUAAACGGAGCAGUGAAGCACCAAGACGAGGGAGAAUCGUUAGAGAUCAUAGAAGUUAUCAGCAACUCCAAAACGCACUUGCCUCUGCCUAACACGCCCCAGACCUCGUCGUAUGAGAACAUUAAUGAGAAAAACUCGGGUGCGAAGAGGAAGCUGGCGCUGGCAAGAGAGCGUAAGACUGUCAAAACCCUUGGGAUAAUCAUGGGGACUUUCAUCUUGUGCUGGCUGCCAUUUUUCAUUGUGGCCCUGGUGUUGCCUUUUUGCGCGGAGAGCUGCUACAUGCCUGACUGGUUAGGGGCCGUGAUAAACUGGCUGGGCUAUUCCAAUUCCCUCCUCAACCCAAUCAUAUAUGCCUACUUCAACAAGGACUUCCAAAGUGCUUUCAAGAAGAUUCUUAGAUGCAAGUUCCACAGACCUUAG